AUGAAAAAGGUGGAGAGGUACUUGUCCCAGUGCGGCCACUGGGCUCGGGGCUUCUCCAGGUAUUCGCAUAAGCAACCUAUUAAGGAGAAGAAGAGGAGUCAAUCCAUUUUAGGCACUAUGCGGGGCAUCCCGCUGCGCAAUAUGUUUCCCAAAUGGAACGACCUAACGAUGGAACAUGCCCACAAGAAAGAAAAGGAGAUGGGGAAAAUGGUAAAAAGGACAUUUGAAGAAUUGCGUGUCAAGUAUGAAGAGGUAAGAAUGAAAUAUCAGGACACAUUAUCCAUGUGGAGAGACGAAAGAACGAAAAUUAGAAAACGAAUUGCCCCUCACUUCUUAAAGGGGAUGUUAAUGAAAAACGUAGCAUUUGAUGGAAGACACGUAAAAACUGCCCUGCACAAAAUUUCCCUUGAAGGAAAAUUCUUUUUAAAAAACCUGAAGCACUUUUAUCGGGACGCAAACAUACCAUACUAUAGAAAUCUAAUUCAUUACCAUUAUAGGAGAGCACCUGUGACGUACACGUUGAUGUCAUUGCACCUUUUGGUCUUCCUCCUAUGGAUGAGUGCGAAGCCUGGGGAUACAUACAACUAUGUUUCAAUGCCCCGAGGGUUUUACUAUCCCAGUUCGAAUGUGUAUACCCCCUUCGGGGUUAAGAAUGCAUCGUCCGGUCAGUCCUUCCCCUUUGGGCUGUUCAACUUCCUAACCACAGAAUUUAUGUAUAACCACUUUUGCUGUGGGCCGCAACAGCUGAGGGAGAAGAAACUCUACACACUCAUAACCAACCUCAUCAGCCACAACACUGUGCAGUCCCUUCUUCUGAAUACCAUUUCGCUCUUCUACAUUGGGAGGUCCUUCGAGAUGAUUAUUAAUUCGAGGAAUUUUUUUUUAACUUAUUUUAUUAGUGGGAUGAUAUCUUCGUAUGUACAGAUUUGUUACCAUAAGAGUGGGCGUUCCUCUUCCUAUGGAAAUGUUUGCGUCCUGGGGGCAAGCGGUAGCAUCAGUUCCAUUCUUACGACGUAUACGCUCAUGUUCCCUAGCAGCAGCAUUUAUCUCUACGGGGUGUUAGGGCUUCCCCUGGCCCUGUUCACUUCCCUGUAUUGUGCAAACGAGGUCUACUGCGUGCUUACGGACAAGAACGACAACACAGGCCACGUGGCACACCUCACGGGGAUGUUCCUGGGAAUGCUCUACUACUACUUUUACGUCAAGGGGAGAGUUGCCUUUUAG